GCCUCCCGGUCCUCCCGGGCCCACGGCUCAGUCGCCGCCGCGCUGCGAUCAUGGAGCCCCCGGACGCAAGGGCCGGGGAUCACCGGGCCCCACGGCUGCUGGCGCUGGCGCUGCUUUUAGGGGCGCAUCCAGGUGUCCGGGCUGAGGUGAAAGUGUCGUUGCCUUCCCUGGUGGAGGUGAUGAGAGGGGAAACGGUAACGCUGGACUGUCGGCCUGUGGGGACCCAAGACCACUUUGUGCUGGAAUGGUUCGUGAUGAACCGUUCUGGGGUCCGCCACCGCCUGGCCUCUUCGGAGCAGAAGGGCUCCCGGGUGGUGCAUAACAAAGUACACGACUCACGGGGCCGCAGCCCCCCGUACCAGAUGGACUCCCAGGGGCGCCUGGUGCUGGCCGACACGCAGGUGGGCGAUGAAAGCGAUUAUGUGUGUGUAGUGACCGUCGGAGCGGUGGACACGGCCGAGGCCACCACGAGGCUCCUCCUGUUUGCCAAACCAGAGGCCACCCAGGUCAGCCCCAACACUGGGACACUGUCGGUGACAGAGGACUUUCCUCAGGAGAUCGCCACCUGCAGGAGCCUCAAUGGAAACCCCAUGCCCCGGAUCAGCUGGUACCGAAAUGGGCAGCAGUUGGAGGUGCCCACGGAGGUGAAUCCAGAUGGGUACAUGACCAGCCGCACAGUGCGGGAGGCCUCGGGACUGCAGUCGCUCACCAGUGUCCUCUACCUGCGACUCCACAAGGAGGACCGUUCGUCCAGCUUCCACUGUGUAGCGGAAUACCGCCUGCCCAAAGGCCAAAUCGAUCGGCUCGACAGCGCCCCCUUCAGCCUCACCCUGCACUAUCCCACGGAGCAUGUAAACUUCUGGGUGGGCAGUCCAGCCACCACGGAAGGCUGGGUGCGCGAGGGGGACUCUGUGCAGUUGUUCUGCAGGGGCGAUGGCAGCCCGAGCCCCGAGUAUACCUUCUUUAGACUCCAGGGUGGGCAGGAGCUCACGCUGAAGUCCAACCUUGCGGGGAACCUCACACUGGAGGGGGUGCAGAGGGGCCAGAGCGGGACUUAUGGCUGCCGCGUGGAGGACUAUGAUGCCCCGGAAGACGCAGAGCUCUUCCAGACGCUGGAGCUGCGUGUGGCCUACCUAGACCCCCUGAAGCUCAGCAUUGGGGAGGAGCUGACUGUGCCCCUGAGGGAAAGUGCUGUCGCCAACUGCUCCGUGGAAGGCCUGCCCACACCCGCCCUGCGCUGGACCAAGGACUCUGUGCCCCUGGUGGACGGCCCGGUUCUGUCGCUCAGCUCCGUCACAUUCGACUCUGCAGGCAACUACACAUGUGAAGCAUCCAUGCCCACCGUCCCUCUUCUAAGCCGCACCCAGAGCUUCAAGCUGUUGGUUCAAGGAUCCCCAGAGCUAAGGCCAGAGAAAACUCAGCCCCAAGCUGCGGAGGGCAGUUGGAGAGAGGGGGAUGAAGUGACCUUGACCUGCUUGGCCCGUGGCUACCCAGAACCCAAACUCAGCUGGAGCCAGGAGGGUGGCAGUCCCGCAGAACCGACUCCCGGCGCACAGGGCUGGGUGAGCAGCACCCUAAAACUCAAAGUGACCAGCGCCCUGAGCCAGCAGGGAGUGUCCUGCGAGGCAGCCAACCCCCACGGGAGUGAACAACACACCUUCCACUUUGGCACAGUGGCCCCCCAGGCUGCCCAGGCUGGGGUGGCCGUCCUGGCCGUGGCUGUCAGCGUGGGCCUCCUGCUCCUUGUGGUGGCCGCCUUCUAUUGUAUGCGACGCAAGGGGCGCCCCGGAUGCUGCCGACGGUCUGAGAAGGGGUCUCCGCCUCCAGGAGAGCCUGAGCAGAGCCAGAAUGGGGCCGAGCCACCUGAGCAGACUGGACUCCUCCGGGGGGGCCCCUCGGGGUCUGCCCAGCGUGGCAGUGGGGGCUUCCGAGAUGAGUGCUGAACCCCAGAACUCCCCAAUGCACCCCCAGAGGCAUCCCAGGACCCGCUGCCGAGUGCACAGCCCAGCCGAGGGGACCCGCACCGCCCCUGCCUUCCCUCCCUGGGCCCUCCCUUCCUUCCUCGGCUUUGCUCGGGGAGGGUGCGGGGACCUUCCUCCGGAGCGACUCUCCCAGGCCCCAGAAUAGCUCCUGGAUCCAAGCCCAGGGCCGGCCUGGUCCCAGGCUGCGGGGGUCGCUGGCCGGCCGGCUCUAUUUUUACCUUCUGCCACCACCGCUGGGUCCCCCCACCUGCCACCCCUAGUCUGACACUGGAUCCCCCGCCCGCCCCUGCCCCUGCCCCGUGGACACUGGAUUCAUUCGGAAUAAACGCUGCCACCUCCACGCUGCCCUCCGGGAGGGAUAGAGGGCAGGUGAGGUGCCAGCUCCGAGCUGACCUCA